AUGUCAUCUCGGUACGACAAGGCAAUCACCGUUUUCUCCCCAGAUGGACACCUUUUACAAGUGGAAUAUGCCCAGGAAGCGGUGAAGAAAGGAUCCACUGUGGUCGGAAUUCGAGGUACCAAUAUAGUUGUGCUUGGGGUAGAAAAAAAAUCUGUUGCCAAGCUUCAAGAUGAAAGAACUGUGAGGAAAAUUUGUGCCCUUGAUGACCACGUCUGUAUGGCUUUUGCAGUUUUGACUAUUUUUGUAGGACUGACUGCUGAUGCUAGAGUAGUAAUAAACAGAGCCCGUGUGGAGUGCCAGAGCCAUAAGCUUACAGUUGAGGACCCAGUCACUGUAGAAUAUAUAACUCGCUUCAUAGCAACUUUAAAGCAGAAGUAUACCCAGAGCAAUGGACGAAGACCUUUUGGUAUUUCUGCCUUAAUUGUAGGUUUUGAUGAUGAUGGUAUCCCAAGAUUAUAUCAGACAGACCCCUCUGGUACUUAUCAUGCUUGGAAGGCAAAUGCAAUAGGCCGAAGUGCUAAAACUGUUCGAGAAUUUCUAGAAAAGAAUUACACAGAAGAUGCUGUAGCAGAUGACAAUGAAGCUAUCAAAUUAGCAAUAAGAGCUUUGCUAGAAGUUGUCCAGUCUGGUGGGAGAAACAUUGAGCUUGCUGUAAUAAGAAGAAAUCAACCUUUGAAGAUGUUUAGCGCCAAAGAAAUUGAAUUACAAGUAACUGAAAUAGAAAAGGAAAAGGAAGAAGCAGAGAAGAAAAAAUCAAAGAAGUCUACCUAA